AAAAAAAGAACAAUGGUCCAAGCCAAAGCGUGGUUACUGACCAAGCACUUUGACGGCUUUCCCACUGAGAGCAACUUUGAACUGAAGCUCGAGCAACUACCAGAGCCUAAGGAUGGAGAGGUACUGCUGGAGGCUGUCUUCCUGAGUGUAGAUCCAUACAUGAGACCGUUUAGUAGAGUCCGCAUGAACGAAGGCGAGGUCAUGAUUGGAACUCAAGUGGCCAAGGUGAUCCAGAGCAAGAAUGCAGAGUUUGCGGUGGGCAGCCAUGUGGUGGGACGCUGCGGCUGGAGGACCCACACCGUCUGCGACACAACCGGCCUGACUCCCGUCAUGGCGGACUGGCCUGAAGACGUCUCUUUGUCUCUGGCCUUGGGUGCCAUCGGCAUGCCGGGGCUGACGGCCCUGUACGGCCUGGAGGAGGUCCUGGGGCUCCAGGCCGGGGAGACCCUGCUGGUCAACGCGGCGGCCGGGGCGGUGGGCUCCGUGGUGGGGCAGAUCGCCAAGAUCAAGGGCUGCCGCGUGGUGGGCUCGGCCGGCUCUGACGCCAAGGUGGCCUUCCUCAAGGAGCUGGGCUUCGACCGGACCAUCAACUACAAGACCGUGGGCUCUCUGGACCAGGCUCUGAGGGAGGCGGCGCCGGAAGGAUACGACUGCUACUUUGAGAACGUUGGAGGGCAGUUCUCCAGUGUUGCUAUACAUCAGAUGAAUAACUAUGGAAGAAUAGCUGUGUGUGGAUGCAUCUCAUUGUACAAUGACACCACACCACAGACAGGCCCGUACCCACAUCUGACAAUGAUCUUUAAGCAGCUCAAGAUGGAGGGGUUCAUGCAGUCCAGAUGGGAACACAAACAUCCAGAAUCUCUCAAGAGACUGAUGGCAUGGAUGAAGGAGGGAAAAUUGCAAUGCCGAGAGCACAUCACGGAAGGCUUUGACAACAUGCCUGCUGCCUUCAUGGGCCUGCUACAGGGGGAGAACACUGGCAAAGCCAUCAUCAAAGUCUGACACGGAGGAGAUGGGUGGAAGAGGUGUAUUUUGGUCCAAGAUGAUCAUUAUCAAGCCCAUUAGCUCAAACCUAAUGAUCUGUUUAAUAGAAUCAUUAACAGGCGAUAGUGUCCGACAGAAUAACAUUAAAGAAUGAAGGAACGAAUAGCUUGGGCGCAGUUAAUACGUGUGUGUGUGUGAGUGUGUGUGUGUGUGUUUCCUCACAUGGAAUGUUAACGCAUGUAAUACGCACUGUAGCUGGCAGGACUUUGAAUUGUGUUUACAGUAUAGUGGGCCAGACUGGGAUGCUCCUGUCUUCAGUAAUCUCUUGAAACCAACAGCCGUUCUCUCUUAAUAGACACAACACACCAUAUGUGUGCGAAUGCAGAGAGGAAGUUAGAGAGGCGAGAGAAAUGGAGAGACAUGUUUCUGUCUCAACUUUGUCAACUCAAUUAAACAUUUUAGACUGUUUAUAACUAACCCAUAACAAAAACAUUCGUCUCAUGUCCUUAGGUUCAGUUUGCCACUGUUUGACACUUGGGCACAAAUAAACUGCAAUCCUGAAGAUUA